AUGUUCGAAGGGAGCCACACCUGGACCAACCCGACCGACGAUGUUUUGGAAUCGCAUAGAAGAAUGGCACGGCGGGAAUAUGUGGCAGCACCCCAAACUACUACAGAUGGUCAGAAAAACGCCUUGAUGAAUCACUCAACCAAUCGAUCAGAAACCCCUCCGACCGCUAGAAUUACGGUUGCAAUAAAUCUAUGCAGGCUAUCACACGACUUCAUAUUUCCUCUAGGAUAA